UGUAGCAAACUCAGGUCCUCACAGGAAAAGCUGGGCAAUUCUGUGAUCUCUGCCUGAUCAAACUGUACUACUGGUUCUGCCUCCACUGCCUGCCUCACCACUGCUGGAAUAACAGUCCCCAGUAAGAAACUCUCCCGUCUCCUGACAAAACUGGUUCUGUCCAGAGAGAGCAUCAGUGUUGCAGUUGCUCCUCCCAGAACGAUACUGAACCUUAAAGUCAAAGGAGGCCAACUGAGCAACCCAACGUUGUUCAGUAGCUCCCAGUUUAGCAGAUGCCAGGUGGCUAAGGGGAUUAUUAUCUGUAUAGACAAUGCACUUCUGGCCCAGCAGGUACUCUCUAAACUUCUCAAUUAUGGCCCACUUGAGCGCCACAAACUCCAGUUUCAUGGAACUAUAGUUGGUCAUAUUGCGCUCAGUGGGCCUAAGACUGCGGCUGGCAUAAGCAAUAGGGCACACCGUACCUCCUUGCUCCUGUGAGAGGACUGCACCAAGCUCACAUUGGCUAGAAUCCACCUUGAGGAUAAAGGGCUGGGAGAAGUCAGCAACACCGGGGCGGUAGAAAGCCUGUUCUUCAGUCCCUCAAAACUCACCUGACACUGCUCUGUCUAAGCCUCUGAAAACCCCUGGUUGGUUCGCUUUCGGGGUCCCGAUCCAACACUUGCUGCAACCAGCUUAUACAGGGGCCCUGCAUAAGGCGAUAACAGCUGACAAAACCUAGAAAUGACCGUAGCACCGACACAUUAGAUGGGCAUCGCCAUUCAGCCACAGCCUCAAUCUUUGCAGGAUCAGUUGCUACCCCUUCAGCCGAUAUAACAUGGCCCAAAUACUUCACUUCCCUUUGGAAGAACGCACACUUACUUAACCUGACCUUCAGUCCUUCAACUUGCUAACCGACUCAGGACUACCUCCAAGAACUCCUGGUGUUGAGCUACAGAGCCAGAAAAUACGAUCACAUCACUCCAGGUAUAAAAGAAAGGAUUGACACUAUUGGUCCCCAAAUAACCUCUCCAUUAACCUCUGAAAGGUGCGUGGGGAAUUACACAGGCCAAUGGGCAUACGGUUCCACUCAAAGAGUCCAAAAGGUGUACAGAAAGCUGUCUUAAAUCGAUCUUUCUAUGAUUAUACCCAGAUCUAGAGUCAAAAACCAACAGGCACCACCCAGGGAGUCCAGGGACUCAUCAAUUCGAGGCAAAGGAAUUGCGUCCUUCCUAGUUCUAGCAUUAAGUUGAUGGUAGUCUACGCACAUAUGCAGACUGCUGUCUUUCUUCAAUCGGCGAAGCAUAUGGACUGCAGCUUUCUUGAAUGAUCUCAGCUUGCAACAACUGAUUUAUAUGGGCCUUUACUACCUCAUACUCUGAUGGGGUAUCCGUUGGAAAUGCUGCCGAAUUGAAGUCUCAUCCAACAAGGGAAUAUCAUGGGAAAUUAAAGUAGUACAACCCAAGUCACCCUCCUGAGUAGAGAACACUGACUGAAACUUGUAGAGCAAAGUCCUUACCUGACUCUGUUCUGCCUCUGAUAAACUCGAGAGGUCCACUGCCUCAACCUGCUCCUGCACGGUGGGUCCCACUUCUGCUUUCUGAGCCCCAACAACAGCCACAACUGGCUGAACCUCAGCAACACCUGUAGGCAAACUCACCACAUAAACAUUACUUAACGUGCCAAGCGUGGAACAAGGGUAAAGCAUGACAUCAGUCAUGCCAACAUUAAGCACAGGUAUAUACGCGGUCCCUUGGCUUACCUGCAUUACCGCCAGAGGAACCAGUAACCCAGCAGGCAACCUGGACCCACGAGGCUCAAAAAAUACAGCUCCAUUACAAUAUUCAUCGGUGCACGUGGCUGGGACAAACUUAAACAUGCCCCCUGGAACGUGACAAGGCCUACGACCCUGCACUCGUACCUUACCAAUACGAGUUACAUUAGUUACAGUAGCAAUGUCACAACAGUGUUGUAGAGCCUGCGAUACAAAGUGUGGAGCUGUUAACACAUCAGGCUACUCAAAGAGAGCGGGGCCAUGUUGACCAAAGAGCUCCUGGUAACACCGAUUCAGAACAUUCAUGCUGAGAACCCCCAGAACCCAGUCACACAAGCCAUCAGGAGGGUCUUUGACAACAAGCACCCCGCAAUUUGUAAUGACUUGGCCACAGAGUUCAAUGUCCAGCUCCAUGUAACCAAGAUAAGGAAUGGAAAGACCAUUGGCAGCACGAAGCUGUAGCCACUGACAUGACCCAAGUCGCUCCUAACCCCAUGGUUCAAAAUGCUGCAGAAAACAACUUUCCGUAAUGGUGGAAACCAUCGAGCCUGUAUCAACCAAACAGGACACCGGCACUCCACCCAUAGACGCAAGAAGAUGAGGACAGGAAGACAUCAAACGAGACGUGGAAACAGAAACUUUUGACAAUAUGGAGCCGAUAAAACCCCCAACGAACCUGUGGCUCUGAGACCCAGUGGGCACUAGUUUUCCGUUUGUGCUGAAGUGGAAGACUGUUUACCCCAGCAAAAGGUGCAAGGGAAUGUAGAGUGCGCUGGGGAACCCGCUCCCCAUCGCACUCUUGGGCAAAAUGGCCUGGCUUUUGACACCGUCUACAAAUUAUGGGCCCAUUACGAGGAACUCGACUACGCACUUUUGGACCUUGCAAUUGGGCGAAGCUUUAUGUGAGCUGAUUUAACUGCUCUUGCUGUACCUUUAACAUUUUCCUCAAUUCACUCAGUUCGGACAUUUUAGACGAAGUACGAGCCCCCGCCCACGAAUCCCCAUGAACACCAUACUGAAUCCCAUGUGCCAACAGGACUAUAAACUUCGAGCCCUCGCACCCCCUGGCCUGCCUUCCAGCUCCCGUCAAAGGGCUUCGCCCUGUACCUCUAGUAAAGUGGAAUUAGGCUGUCGGCUCACCGGCUGUUUAAGCUUUCAUCUCAAAGUACUAUCAUUCACGUAUUCAACAAAUUGAUCACGAACCUUCUCCAGGAGGCUCAUCAAGGAGAGGAAAAACUCCAAGAUUGUUUCCCCCUCUUGUUGCCUCCGGGAGAAGAAAGCUUCCUGCAAGGCCACAUACGACAAUGUGCACCCAUACAACUCACUCAGUGCUCUAAUGAUUUUCUCAGGGUCCCCACGCUCCUCAGCUGAAUGAUAUCGUAUCUCCUCUCAUGCCUCCUUGGGCACCUCCUAUCUCUAGGCACGAACACAAACCUAUCAGUUACUGGAGUAGCAGUGCCAGUCACUGGUGGCAAUAUGGGGACAUCGACUGUAACAGAGACACUUGGUCCAGCAACACUAGACCCUGGUGAUUCAGAUACCCUAUGCUGUUGCAAUCUCUCAUUGUCAGCCCCAAGUUGAGCCACCAGCUUUUUACGUUCCUGUAAUUCUCCCUCCAUUUAUGAUGGAAUACAUCUACCAGAACACACACUGCUGCUUGGAUCCUAUAAAAGAAAAAAAGAAAGAGAAAAGACAGACCACAACACACAUGAAUAACCAAAAAUAUAUGGUCCCCGCCUCUGCCAAAUAUUCUGUAGAAAUCCUGCCAACUACGCCACGUGUAGCAAGUGUGGCUCAUUUCGUAGAAACUGUGCCACCCCGAGAAAAUGGGGAAAAUAACCAAAAUAAAGACACAAAUACGAUUCAGAUAGAGAAAGAUCAUCACGUUAUUGAAUAAAGUUAAUAAGUGGAACCUGAACAUUAAUAGUAACUUGGGCAUGGUCUGGGCUUUAAGUUCACUUGGAAAUCCUCUACAAGUUAUUGGUCAUGGUGGGAAACAAGAUUAACCCAUCAGGAUCACGGUAUGAUCUAUAAUUACGUCAUCAUUUCUCUGUAUUCUUCAUGCUCAGGUGAUUUGUAGGAUUUAGGAAAAUUUGUUCCACUUUUUCCGUCUCCAGAUUUUGAGUGAGCUUUAUGAACACGGUUUCGUCCCUACACACACCUCAGACAAGAAUUUUCACAUCAAUCGGUUCAUUCUAAUUCUGUGUCCACUGUAACCUUGACAUCACUGUGACAUCAUGAUGUCAAUAAAACAUUCUGCUCAGCUGAUGUGGUCUUUAGUUUCUACAGACAGAUCACUGAGAGAUUUGUUUCUGCACGACGGAACGAUUUUCAAAAAUGAGGAGGAAUCACAAAGAGACACUUCAAGCUGCAUAUGGGAAAAAUAGCAUGCAUGCUAUGGUAAAGCAGAACAUCCGCUCACCUGUCAUUAACACAACCAGAAAUACAUUAGUCUACCCCGUAAAGAUCUUAGAAGGUGAACGAGCAGGUGCUGGGCCUCCAGCAAAGAGCCCUGGGAAACCAAAACUUCUUCCCAGAAUGCCCAGAAUGGAUCCGAUUGGUCUUACCCCAUCCAGAACACUGAUGCGCAAGGAAAAGGCACAUGGGGAAAAUAGCAUGUGCACUACGGCAAAGCAGAACAUCCGCUCACCUGUCAUUAACACAACCAGAAAGAAAUCAAUCGAUCCCAUAAAGACCAUAGAAGUAUUUGGACCAGCAGGUGAUGGACCUCCAGCAAAGAGCCCUGGGAAACCAAAACUUCUUCCCAGGAUGCCCAGAAUGGAUCCGAUUGGUCUUCCCCCAUCCAGAGCACUGAUGCGCAGGGAAAAGGUACGUGAAACAUCUGGCAAUCCUCAGGCACAUGGGGAAAAUAGCAUGUGUGCUACGGCAAAGCAGAACAUCAACUCACCUGUCAUUAACACAACCAGAAAGAAAUCAAUCGAGACCAUAGAAGUAUUUGGACAAGCAGGUGAUGGACCUGCAGCAAAGAGCCCUGGGAAGCCACAACAUCUUCCCAGAACGCCCAGAAUGGAUCCGAUUGGUCUUCCCCCAUCCAGAGCACUGAUGCGCAGGGAUAAGUUAAGCAAAACAUCCGGCAAUCCUCAGGUACUUACAGGUACUACAGAGGUAAAGAGUAAGUCUCUUGAGGCUACAAUUGAGGUAGAACCUCAAUUAAGAACCACGAUUACUGAUGCAGUCCUGGAUUGCAUAACCUCUACAUUGUUCAAGAAUCAGCUCACUCAGCGCAUUGUGGGUGAGAUUGAUGAUAUACUAGCAAAAGCCGUGUCCCAAGUUCAUGAGCAACAGCAUGCUGUGAGAUUUGGUACAGCAGGAGGUAAGAUAAACAACAUCUCCCGGGAACAACAAUCGAGCAACAAUGUUUUCAUGCUUGGCGUCAGUGAUUCUGUGGCAUCUGUGAUUGGUUAUGCACUGAUAGAAGUUAGAGAAGACAUGAAAAAAACUUUUAGAAGCCAGUCAUACAAAUUUCAGACAGCGUCACCAACGGCAUGUGAUUCUGUAACAGAAAUAGUGGACAGUGUCUUUGAAGGCAUGCUUGAUUCCUUGAUUCCUCAACUGAAACCAGAUGUUUGCACUGAAAGGGAUCCUAGCAUGAUUGCUUCUCUUCAUAGUCAUGAGUUUGAUACCGUGUCUGAUAGUAUCCUUCCCAGCACUGACUCAGAUUUCAACCAGAGUCCAGUCCAUGAGCCAAGAGGAAGUGCUGAUGAGUCUAGAGUCACAGCUCAGGACAUUGAGACAUUCGACAUUGUGAAAGAGAGAGCUGACUCCCCAAGAAGAUCUACCAAAGUCCCGUUCUCCACAGUAUUUGACCAGUCUUCUGGACCUGAAGUUAAGGCCAAAGAUGAGGUUGAGGGCAUCUUGGCUGCUUCUGGAAGCAUGAGCCACCUUGAUGGCCCUCUGACUUCAAGAGUCAAAUCUGACUCCGAUUUGGAUACAAGCGUUCUUGAGCUCACUGCUACUUCUGCAACAGAAAAUGUUGACCACAUGUCAAGAUCUGAUGAAGUAGCAGAAGAAGGACUUGUGGCUAAAUCAGAUGUUGAGCUUGAGCAAAUCAUGGCUGCUACUUCUGCAACAGAAAAUGUUGACCACAUGUCAAGAUUUGAUGAAGUAGCAGAAGAAGGACUUGUGGCUAAAUCAGAUGUUGAGCUUGAGCAAAUCAUGGCUGCUCCUUCUGAGGAAAACACUCCUUCUGACAUUACUUCCCAAAGCCUUCAGCUGAUUGGACACCAGGAAUGUGCUAGCCCUGUCCCUUCACCACCUUCUGGUGAUAAGCCAGCCUCCCCAAGAGGAUCUGCCAGGAGAAGUGUACGUCCUAUGAAAGCCAGCUCUUUGCCAAACAUAUUCUCUGAUAAAGAAGAUGGCAUCUUUGAGCAGUCUCACCAAAAACUAGAGAGUGAUGGCAAGCGUAGACUUUCUCUCACUGGCAUGGAAAUGGGUUCUUCUGGAAGCAGAAGUGGUCCUGAUGAGCCUCUGACUUCAAGAGUCAAAUCUGACUCCGAUUUGGAUACAAGCGUUCUUGAGCUCACUGCUACUUCUGCAACAGAAAAUGUUGACCACAUGUCAAGUUCUGAUGAAGUAGCAGAAGAAGGACUUGUUGCUAAAUCAGAUGUUGAGCUUGAGCAAAUCAUGGCUGCUCCUUCUGUGGAAAACACUCCUUCUGACAUUACUUCCCAAAGCCUUCAGCUGAUUGGACACCAGGAAUGUGCUAGCCCUAUCCCUUCAUCACCUUCUGGUGAUAAGCCAGCCUCCCAAAGAGGAUCUGCCAGGAGAAGGGCAUGUCCUAUAAAACCCAGCUCUUUGGCAAACAUAUUCUCUGAUAAAGAAGAUGGCAUCUUUGACCAGUCUCACCAAAAGGUAGAGAGUGAUGGCAAGUGUAGACUUUCUCUGACUGGCAUGGAAAUGGGUUCUUCUGAUAGCAGAAGCGGCCUUGAUGAGCCUCUGACUUCAAGAGUCAAAUCUGCCUUUGAUUUGGAUACAAGUGUUCUUGAGCUCACUGCUACUUCUGCAAUAGAAAAUGUUGACCACAUGUCGAGAUCUGAUGAAGUAGCAGAAGAAGGACUUGCUGCUAAAUCAGAUGUUGAGCUUGAGCAAAUCAUGGCUGCUACUUCUGCAACAGAAAGUGUUGACCACAUGUCAAGAUUUGAUGAAGUAGCAGAAGAAGGACUUGUUGCUAAAUCAGAUGUUGAGCUUGAGCAAAUCAUGGCUGCUCCUUCUGAGGAAAACACUCCUUCUGACAUUACUUCCCAAAACCUUCAGCUGAUUGGACAAAAGGAAUGUGCUAGCCCUGUCCCUUCACCACCUUCUGGUGAUAAGCCAGUCUCCCCAAGAGGAUCUGCCAGGAGAAGGGCACGUCCUUUUUGGCAAAGAUAUUCUCUGAUAAGGAAGAUGACAUCUUUGACCAAAAGGUAGAGAGUGAUGGCAAGCUUUGACUUUCUCUGACUGGCAAGGAAAUGGGUUCUGAGAAAGCAGAAGUGGCCUUAAUGAGCCUCAGUUCAUCUGAAACAACUGACAUUGAAGAAGCUACUGCACAAUCAACUGGACACAAAGCAGUACUAUGUUGAAAUUAUUCUGACGUAUUAAAUCAUUGCAAAUAAAUGAACCAUCCAUUCAUUUUCUUUU